AUGGAAGAUCAACAACAAUUAAUUACUAAAACAGAAAUAGAAGAAAUUGAAUUAAAACCAGCAAUAAAUACUGGAGGAUUUAAUAUAAACCAAAUGCUUGAACAAAUAACUAAACAAAAUAGCCCUCCCCCUCCACAACCACCUAUUGCCAUAACAAAUGUUAAACGAGAGGAAACAAAUACUUUGGAUUUACUUGCAAAUGUUGAACUUUCGGAUUCAACAACAAAUAUUGUUGAAGAGUCACCCGCUUCUCCUGUUUUUGCUUCUGAACAACAACAAGAAAAUGAAAACAAACCUGCAGCUUUAAUUCCAGUAGUUCGUGAAUGGAAAUUACAUUUAGUUGAUUUGUCACCAUUAACUGAGUGUUCUGAUAUGCAUUUCGAUAUAAAAUUAGUUCAGCAAAUUUCUUCAUCCAAUUCUGAUCCACGUUUACGGAAAAUUGCAGAAAAACAAUUUGAUUUAGUUUCGAAAACAUUGGAACAACAACAAGCAAAUCAACAAAAAAAUAAUUUUAAUGAAGGAAUAUUUGCUCCAACAGAACAAAUUAAAAAGGAAAUUGAAAAACGUGAAGCUAUCAGUGAUGUUAAUUAUGAAACUGGAUUGCAAGAUCCGCGUACAAAAGAUCCUCGAAGAAAGCGGGAAAUAUCUGGAAUAUCUUCAACAUCUUCUUUAGAUGAGGCGGAAUUAGUUAAAAAGCAAAUGGCUGCAUUAGAGGCAGCUGCUAAACAACAACAGAAUUGUGAACAAUCCUCUCAAUUGUUUUCGACACAAUUAGGUAUUCGUCAACAAUUGGGGUUACCUCCACCUACUAUAAACUUUCAAUUACCACCACCACCUGCUUUUUUACCGGGAAAUCCAAUGGGAAAUCAAUUUUUUACUGUUCCUCCUCCCUUUUCAUUGCAACAACAACAACAAUUACCACAAAAUUUUUCUACGCCUCCCCCAUCAACAUACCAACAAAUCAAUCAAAUUGUAACAUCUUCCCAUCAAAACUUAGAAGCUCAAACAUUUAAUACCGAACAAUUACCUUGUUCUUCUUCAAUUGAUCCAUCUAAAUCUUCAAAUAGUUCUUUUGAAAAAAUACAUUCUGAAACUUCGUCUUUUCCAUCAUAUCAAUAUUCUAGAGGUUAUCGUGGAAGGCGUGGAAGAUAUUCUUCUAAUUAUCACCACCACCACCACCAACAACAUUAUCGAGAACAUAAUCAACAGAAUAUUAGAAGGUCAGAAUCUCCACCAAAACAACAACAACAGGAAGAAAAUGUUUCUACUUCAUCAACUAUCAGCCUUCGAGAAAAACGAAAAAAUAAUGAAUAUGAAUCGCCAUUAGCUAGAAUGGCUAAUAAUAGAUAUUGA